GGGAGUCUCCGCUCGGAGGAGCGGACGCCGGGCGGCGGCAUCAUGAAAGGCUGCGGGGCGCUGGGGAUCGUCGGUCUGCUGACGCUUCUGUGCAAACCAACAGGUGGUGCAAGUCCUUCUAUUACUCCAGCCAAAUCCCCUUUGGUUGUGCAGAGUGGCCAAGAGUUACGUCUGUGGUGCAAUGAUGAUGGCCCCGUGACCUGGAUUAUUCAGAAUGCAGAUCCAUCGGCAAGGCGAAAGAAUGUAAAAUACAAGGAGCUUUACAUAAAUAAAUCAGCACCCAGAGACACAGGAACAUAUACAUGUAAAAAUAGAGAAAACUUGAACAGCUCCAUUUAUGUGUUUGUUAAAGAUCCAAAUGUCCUGUUCUUUCAUGAGUCUCUCGCUUUUGCGACAGAAGACAGCGAUGUUCUUAUUGAAUGUCCAGUGACAGAUCCAGAUAUUUCAGGUUUCACUUUGAAAAGGUGUCAGGCCAAACCUCUGCCUGAGAAUAUGCUGUUAGUUCCUGAUCCACAGAAAGGAAUUACCAUCAAAAAUGUACAAAGAUCAUUUCUAGGUUGCUACCGGUGCCUAGCACAACAAAAUGGAGUUGAGAAAGAAUCAGACAACAUUUAUCUUGACGUGAGGCCAGUUCACAAAUCCCUUCCAGCCAUCUCCUUAUCCAAACCUGAUCAGCUUCUCAAAGAAGGUGAAAAAUUUGAAGUUACAUGCACAAUCACAGAUGUGGAUAGCACUCUGGAAGCUAAUUGGAUUUUUCAAGGCAAUGCGACUCAUACAACCCAAAGAAGGAAUGUGGGUGAUUAUGGAUUUGAAACAAAAUUAACAUUGAGCAUCCGUUCAGUGGGAGUUAAUGAUUCUGGAGCAUUUACGUGCCAAGCAAACAACCCUUUUGGAACAUCCAAUGACACAAUAACCUUGACAGUACUAGGUAAGGGAUAUAUCAAUUUAUCAGCUUCAACUAACACCACAGUAAAUGUCAAUGAUGGAGAAAAUCUGGAUUUAAUCGUGGCAUAUGAAGCAUAUCCCAGACCUGAAGAAGAAGUGUGGAUGUAUAUGAAUGAAACCUUGCAAAAUACAUCUGAUCAUUAUGUGAGAGUCACAAAUCUAGAAAAAAACAGAUAUGCCAGUGAGCUUCACCUUACUCGACUGAAAGGAACAGAAGGAGGCAUUUACACAUUUUUUGUGUCCAACUCAGAUGCCAGCUCCUCUAUAUCAUUUAAUGUCUAUGUGAACACCAAGCCAGAGAUUGUCACUUCAGAAAGACUUAGUAAUGGAAUGCUCCAUUGUGUGGCAGCAGGAUACCCUGCCCCUACAAUAAACUGGUAUAUUUGCCCAGGAUCUGUGCAGAGGUGUUCAGAUUCAUCAAAUAUUUCUGCAGUGGAUGUGAAGACCAAAUAUCAAGAUCAGCCCUUUCCUUCCUUUGGAAAGAUAGUUGUUGAAAGCACCAUUGAUGCCAGCAUGUUCAAGAACAAUGGCACAAUCACUUGUGAGGCGUCCAAUGCAGUCGACAAGCGCUCAGCUUUUUUCAACUUUGCCAUUAAAGAACAAAUCAGCACCCACACCCUUUUCACACCUUUGUUAAUUGGCUUUGGAGUAGCAGCAGGACUGAUGUGUAUUACUGUUAUAGUUCUUGUGUACAAAUAUCUCCAGAAACCCAAGUAUGAGGUUCAGUGGAAAGUGGUUGAUGAAAUAAAUGGAAACAACUAUGUUUACAUAGAUCCAACACAGCUUCCCUAUGAUGACAAAUGGGAGUUUCCAAGAAACCAGCUAAGUUUUGGUAAAAUUCUAGGAGCAGGAGCUUUUGGGAAAGUUGUUGAAGCAACUGCCUAUGGUUUGUUCAAACCUGACGGGACAAUGAGGGUAGCCGUAAAAAUGCUGAAACCCAGUGCCCAUUUCACUGAGAAGGAAGCCUUGAUGUCAGAACUGAAAGUGCUAAGUUACCUGGGCAACCACAUAAACAUUGUGAAUCUCCUUGGGGCCUGCACUGUCGGAGGUCCUAUCCUGGUCAUCACAGAAUACUGCUGCUAUGGUGACCUUUUGAAUUUUCUGAGGAGAAAACGGGAUUCUUUUAUUUGCCCAAAGCAUGAAGAAACGGCUGUUUACAAGAAUCUUCUCCAUCAAAAGGAACUCAUGUAUGAUGCCACUAAUGAAUACAUGGACAUGAAACCAGGAGUAUCUCAGAUCAUACAUGCCAAAACCACAGACAGAAAUCCCGGAAGGCCAGGAUCAUUUGCUAAUCAGGAUGUCACCAUUGCCAUCUUAGAAGAUGAUGAACUGGCUUUGAAUAUUGAAGACCUAUUAAGUUUUUCUUAUCAAGUGGCAAAGGGGAUGAGCUUCCUUUCUUCUAAAAACUGCAUUCAUAGAGACCUGGCAGCAAGGAAUAUCUUACUAACCCAUGGCCGGAUCACAAAAAUCUGUGACUUCGGCCUUGCGAGAGAUAUCAGGAAUGACUCGAAUUACGUGGUAAAAGGAAAUGCACGACUUCCUGUGAAGUGGAUGGCACCUGAAAGCAUCUUUGAAUGUGUGUACACAUUUGAGAGCGAUGUCUGGUCUUACGGAAUUUUGCUUUGGGAACUCUUUUCUCUAGGAAGCAGCCCCUACCCUGGAAUGCCUGUGGAUUCCAAGUUCUAUAAAAGGAUUAAGGAAGGAUACAGAAUGUUUAGCCCAGAAUUUGCACCUGCUGAAAUAUAUGAGAUAAUGAGGAGCUGCUGGGAUGCUGAUCCUGUAAAGAGACCAACUUUCAAGCAAAUUGUGCAACUGAUUGAACAGCAGAUUUCAGAUACCACAAACCAUAUUUACUCAAAUGUUGCAAGUGGCAUUUGCAGCCAAGGAAAUGCUACAGAUCACUCUGAGAGAAUUAACUCAGUGGGCAGCAGUGCUUCAUCUACUCAGCCUCUACUCACACAUGAAGAUGCUUAAGAACUGACUC